UAUGGGUAAUGGGAAGUGGCUGCCGCGCUGAGGCGGAACGAAAACAACAAACAUGGAGAAUCUGAAUGUGACAGUCCGUGUCUCGGGUUACGUGCUGGGCUCACUAGCCUUUCACCACCUCAAUCAUGAUUCGGAUGUGGAAGGAUUUCUUCUUGGUGAAGUUAAAGCAGAAGAGAAAAACAGCAUCACAGACUCGCAGAUAGAUGACGUUCAAGUUGAAUAUACAAUAGACAUUCAAAAACACAUUCCUUGCCACAAAACUCAAAGCUUUUAUAAUUCUGUCGGGGAAGUGAACCAGAAAGCCUUAAAGAUGAUUCAGUCCUUUGACAAACAGAAAGUGAUUGGAUGGUACAGACAAAGACGAAACACAGAACAGGCAAUGACUUUUCGGGAGCAUGUUGUCCAUCGGAGCCUUGAAAAGCAUCUCUCAAACCAAGAACUGGUAUUCUUACUGCUGACCUCGAAUGUGUUUAUAGGGAGCAACUCUACACAUGUGCUGGGGUACGCAGUGUACAAACCUCAGGAGAGGCUUUUCCAAAAAAUUCCAGUAAUGGUAACCAACCUUGGAAUGGCAGAUCAGCAUGAUUACCACACAUUUUCAACGACCUACACAUCUCAAGGUUAUAGCUGUGCGAUUAAAAAGCACAGAUCUAAAUUUUUUAACUCUGAUGGGACUUUGAAAGAAGUUUGUGAAAUCAAUAAAAUGAGUUCAUCUCUACAAGAAGAACUAAAGAAGACAUGUAAGAAGGUUGAGGAGAGUGAACGAUCAGUGGAAAAACUCUUAUCAGAAGUGAAACAUCUUAGAAAAAUUGUAAAGGAGAAGAAAAAACUGGCCAUGCAAGAAACAGGAGCAAAGGAUUAUGAGAACAGUAAAGCGGAAGAGAAUAUUCUACUUUGCCAGGCUCUGCAGAAGUUAUUUCCAGAAUCCAAGCUGCUCCAAACCCGAACUACUACCGUGGACGGUUUUGCUUUACCCACGUACUGCUAUGGCACUGACCACGACAUUGACAUCCUGGAGCGACUCACACUGGUAGCACCAGAAGGUCCCUACGCCACAAGGACACCGUUAAGCCACAAGCGCAAAGCCGUUUCUCCAGUUCACAGUCCGCCACCUCCCAAAAGCCAGUUCAAAACAGUCUGUGAGGAAAGUAACAGUGAAGAAGACGAUGAUGAGCACAGCAAUUCAGAGACUGUGGACGAUCUGCACGAGUGCCAGAAUGGAGUAUUGCAGUGUUCACAAUCACCAACUUUUUAGGGUAACUUUAGUGGGGGGAAAAAAAAAAAACACAAAAAUUUAUUUUCUGUCGGACAGGGAAAAAAAGUGAUGAAUUUGAGAUUUUUAGGCUUUCUAUUACUUUUCUAUUAAUUGGUUUUAUACUCAAUUUUGAGUUUAAUAAUUUUUAUGUCAACCUCCGCUUUUGAAGAUAACGUUUAAAAAAUGCUUUUUUUGGACAUGUGGAAGUCUUAAUAUUUGAGUAAAUUAAAAAAAAAAAAAA